GAAGAAGAUCGGUAGAUUGAGUGGCUAGAGAGGUCGGAGGUAAGUGGCUGUAGAAGUCGGGCGGACCCGGAACCCAGAGGACGCGACACCAUGACUUAUGCUUAUCUCUUCAAGUAUAUCAUCAUCGGAGACACAGGUGUGGGGAAGUCAUGCCUCCUGCUCCAGUUUACAGAUAAGCGGUUCCAGCCUGUCCACGACCUCACAAUAGGUGUGGAGUUUGGAGCUCGUAUGGUCAACAUUGAUGGAAAACAAAUCAAACUGCAAAUCUGGGAUACGGCUGGGCAAGAAUCCUUCCGUUCUAUCACCCGUUCCUACUACAGGGGAGCAGCUGGAGCACUGCUGGUGUACGACAUUACAAGGCGUGAAACCUUCAACCACCUGACCUCAUGGUUAGAGGAUGCCCGGCAGCACUCUAGUUCCAACAUGGUUAUCAUGCUCAUUGGGAAUAAGAGCGACCUAGAGUCCCGCAGGGAUGUGAAGAGAGAAGAAGGAGAGGCCUUUGCUAGGGAGCAUGGACUUAUAUUCAUGGAAACUUCAGCCAAAACAGCCUGCAAUGUUGAAGAGGCCUUCAUUAACACAGCCAAAGAAAUAUAUAGGAAGAUCCAGCAGGGUUUAUUUGAUGUCCACAAUGAGGCAAAUGGCAUCAAGAUUGGGCCCCAACAGUCAAUUUCAACAUCAGUGGGACCCAGUGCCUCCCAGCGGAACUCUCGUGACAUAGGGUCCAACUCUGGCUGCUGCUGAACAUCUGGCUUGAACUUUUUUUGUCCUUCCUGGAAUAGCUUCAGAUCAAUAGGCUUAAUGAAAGAGGUCUUUCUUGCUUUGGCUGAGAGCAGCCUCUUUUUAAAGUAUGAUGUUUUGCCUUUCCACCUAAAGACCAGGAGAGAAUUUGGGCCCUUACUGACCUGUCCUCCUUCAGGGACAUGAGCAUUCCCUAUAGAUUAGGGUUCUUCUUAUCCUCCUAUACAAAUUUCUUAAAUUGUUAGGAUCAAAGUUGAUUAUCACAGUAGUUAAAAAAUAAUUUCAUGGCGGGGCGCCAUGGCUCAUGCCUGUAAUCCUAGCACUUUGGGAGGCCAAGGUGGGCAGAUCACCUGAGGUCAAGAGUUCGAGACCAGCCUGACCAACUUGGAGAAACGCCAUCUCAACUGAAAAUACAAAAUUAGCUGGGUGUGGUGGUGCAUGCCUGUAAUCCCAGGUACUCGGGAGGCCAAGGCAGGAGAAUCGCUUGAACCCAGGAGGUGAAGGUUACGCUAAGCCAAGAUCACGCCAUUGCACUGCAGCCUGGGCAACGAGCAAAACUCUGUCUCAAAUAAAUAAAUAAUUUUUUUUUCUUUUCUUUUUUUUUUUUUUUUUUUUUGGGAUGGAGUCUCACUCUGUCUCCAGGCUGGAGUGCAGUGGCAUGAUCUUGGCUCACUGCAACUCCACUUUCCAGGUUCAAGCAGUUCUCCUGCCUCAACCUCCCGAGUAGCUGGGACUACAGGCAUGUGCCACCACACCUGGCUCAUUUUUGUAUUUUUAGUAGAGACAGGGUUUCACCAUGUUGGCCAGGAUGGUCUUGAUCUCUUGACCUCGUGAUCCGCCCGGCUUGGCCUCCCAAAGUGCUGGAUUACAGGCGUGAGCCACCGUGCCUGGCCUAAAUAAAUAAUUUUGUAAGCACAUACAAUCCACUUCCCACUAAGAAUUAGGGUCAAAGACAUUCUGCUUGAACACUUGCAAUUACCUAGAUCUAGUUGGCCUUUGGUUGAUAGAUCCUCUGCCUCAGAAUUUCAUUGAGUUUUUUUCUUCCUUGCCUUUGGGUGUCUGCUUGCCACUUCCUAAGAAUUCUUGUAGAAGGCAGUUUCCUCUACUUGCCCAAGAGCACUGAGUACUACUUCUCUACUAUCCUAUUAUUAGCUUCUAUCUCUUAGUGUAACUUCAAAACUUUUAAGAGCAGUGAAGUUGGUCAGGGACAUGUGGCCACUUAUUAUUACCUAAAGAAAACAUUUGUUCCCUGUUCAUUUUAUUUUAGGGGCCAGAUCUAACAUUGUAGUGUCUUUCACCAGAUAGACUUCUACUGUUUCAUCAAACUCCCUUCUUAACUAGACCUAGACUUUCUACUCCAAUCAGGCUAAUCUACUUACUGAAUGUGACACAUUUAUUCCUAGUUCCAUACCUUUGCACAUGCCCUACUCUCCACUAAUUAUACUUAAAAGUCCCAAAAUUUUUUCUUUAGUAACAGACUUAGGUACUGCUAAGCAAUUAUUAACACAAUAUUCCUUAGUUUUCAUAUGUUGGUUAUUCAUAUGUCUAUUUAUAUGUAUAUUUAUUUUUAUGUAUGUUACUAUGUAAAUACGGUUUGCAGUUGUUUUUGUGUGGAAUCUUGUCUUUCCGUAUAAGUUGUAAGCUCCUUGAGAGCAGGAUCCAUGUCAUUCCUUUAUUUUUAUAAAUUAUUCCCCCUAUCAUUCCUUUACAGUGCCUAGUGCUACUCAUUAUGUGUUCAUUGAAUUUGACUGACGUAGUUAAAAACUUAAGGUUUAUUUUAGACUUUCAAGGAAACAAAAGACUUUAGAGUCCUCUCUUUGUAAUUCUGCCCCUCUCAUUUGUUUACCCUGGGUUUUAUACUGUUCUUUUCCUUCUCCCCUCCCACCUUUCCCUGGCUUUUUGCCUCCAUUCCAUGAGGCAUACAGUAAGGCUGCCUGCUAGUAAGCAGUCACAUAAGUGGGUAUCUAUCCAGCCAUUCUCUUUUCAGAGCAUAUAAUACUAUCUUAGCCAAACUUGCCUUUGCUUCACUUAUCAUGCAGCCUUCUGGGUUGGUUGCUAUAUAUAUCUUUUUUCCUUGAUGUCCCAUUCUCUUCCACAGCCCUGAGGUCUUACGAAUUUUUCUACUUUCUUUUCGCUGUUGAUGAAUUGUUUCAUUAUUAAAUAUAUGCAUGUAUCAAAGCUA